AUGUAUUACAAUUAUGGGUUGGUGUGGGUUGCCUUGCCGCUUGGGAAGUUUGGCCAUAGCUAACAGAAAGGCAGUGACUCGGCAGAAUUGAAGAUUUUGACUCAUUGGUUUUUCAGUGGACGAGUCGAGUACCGACCCUCGACUCACUGGAAGAUCAAAAAUCACUUUCACUCCUCUUCUUUCCUUCCCUUUUGUGACGUUUUGUCAAACCAGAAAAAUAAAAAAAGAGCCAUGGGGUAUUUGACGUUUUGUGGGAUGUGGUGGAAAUUUUGCGGAGGACCCACUUGCAGAGGAGGAUCAAGAGAAAUUUGUUGAACCCAUUAGACUCUUCCCUCAUCUGGCUUUUGGUGUUUUAUUUUAUCACCCCAUUUCAGUCUGGAAUAGAGUGGAAUUCAAGAAAGUUUCAGCUAUUUUCAGAGGGAAAGUUCGGCUUUGGAUAUGCUAAGGAGAAUAUCUUUGUGUCAUUUAUUUCUUUUUUGAGGACUAUGCAUUGGUGGGGUUCUGAAGUUCUAUCUGAUCUAAGAUUUUUCCGAUCCAACAGUCUCUGCAGCUUCUAUUGCUUUUUUCAGGAAAAAGUAUAGUAGCCGAACAAUCCAAUACUAAAGUUUCUAGUAUGGGUUGGUGGACUAAGCUUUUCAAAGGCCAUAAAAGCUCAUACAGGGAAAGUUAUGGAGAUAGAAUUUGGGAUGAACCUCGAACCUCUGUGGAGGAAUUGACAGAAUAUGAACAAGAGGAAAUUGAUUAUGCAAUUGCACUUUCGCUUUCGGUAGAAGAUCAAAAUGGGAAAGCAGUGAAAGACGAAGAAGCUCACAGUGAUGAAGAUGAACACAGUACCAAAGCUGAAUCAGAGGAUGAUGAAGAAAGUACCAAAUGCCUGUCGGAGGAUGAUGAUCAAAUUUCUAAAUCUCAUUUGGAGGAAGAUGAGCAACUGGACAAAGCUCAAAUGGAGGAAGAUGAGCGACUUGCUAAAGCUCAAAUGGAGGAAGAUGAGCGACUUGCUAAAGCUCAAAUGGAGGAAGAUGAGCGACUUGCUAAAGCUCAAAUGGAGGAAGAGGAGCGACUUGCUAAAGCUCAAUUGGAGGAAGAUGAGCGGAUUGCUAGCACCCUAGUGGAGGAUCAUGAGAAGGUCUCCACAUUUCAAGCUGAAGAAGAUGAGCAGUUAGCUAGAGCUCUCCAAGAAAGUCUAAACAUAGAGCCACCACCUCCUAGAUUUGAUAGUGGAAAUAUUUUCAAUCCUUACCCUUUCUUCUAUCCACCAGGAUACAGGGUCUGUGCUGGUUGCCAAACUGAGAUUGGUCACGGGCGGUUUCUAAGUUGCAUGGGAGCUGUUUGGCAUCCAGAAUGUUUUCGCUGCAAUACUUGCAAUGAACCCAUAACAGAUUAUGAGUUCUCUAUGUCUGAUAACCGACCUUAUCACAAAUCCUGCUAUAAGGAGCAACAUCACCCUAGAUGUGACGUUUGUCGAAACUUUAUUCCUACUAAUUCUUCUGGUCUUAUAGAGUUUAGAAAGCAUCCUUUCUGGUCACAACAAUAUUGUCCUUCACAUGAAAAAGAUGGAACUCCGAGAUGUUGUAGCUGUGAAAGAAUGGAGCCAAGAGACACUAGUUAUCUUUUACUUGAUGAUGGUCGGAAGCUCUGUUUAGAGUGUUUGGACUCAGCAAUCAUGGAUACUCAUGAAUGUCAACCUCUAUACCUUGAAAUUCAAGAAUUUUAUGAGGGUCUGAAUAUGAAAGUGGAACAACAAGUUCCCAUGUUGUUGGUUGAGAGGCAAGCGCUAAAUGAGGCCAUGGAAGGAGAAAAGAAUGGUCAUCAUCACUUGCCGGAAACUAGAGGACUCUGCUUAUCAGAAGAGCAAACUGUUGCAACUAUCUCAAAGAGGCCGAGGAUUGGGGCAGGCUACCGUAUAAUAGACAUGUUUACGGAGCCUUAUAGAUUAGUCCGCCGAUGUGAAGUUACUGCUAUUCUUGUUUUAUAUGGCCUCCCGAGGUUAUUGACAGGAUCUAUCUUGGCUCAUGAGAUGAUGCACGCAUGGCUCAGGCUUAAAGGCUAUCCCAAUUUGAAGCCUGAGGUUGAAGAAGGCAUAUGCCAAGUAUUGGCUCACAUGUGGUUAGAUUCUGAGAUGUAUUCCAUCACAGGAAGUGGUGUUGCCUCCACAUCUUCGUCUUCGGCCUCGUCUUCUUCAUCAUCACCUUCAUCAUCCUCCUCUUCCUCAACGUCUUCAAAGAAAGGUAGACGAUCUGACUUCGAGAAGAAACUUGGGGACUUUUUCAAACACCAGAUUGAGUCCGAUACAUCAUCAGCAUAUGGAGAUGGAUUCCGGGAAGGGAACGAUGCUGUUUCCAAAUACGGCUUAAAGAGGACCCUUGAUCACAUUCGGCUGACUGGAACCUUUCCAUAGAGUAAGAGUAACAUUCAAUUAAGCUUUUUACCUUUGAUAUAUAAUCCCAGUUUAUACAAAAACACAUUAUAUAGUACAUAAUGAAAAAGCAAAAAAAAAAAAAAAAAAAAAAAAAGAAUCAAAAUAAGCAUUGAAAAAUUAUGUGCAACUAUUGUGAAGUUCUCUUAAAAAAUGUGUAGCAUAAAUGUAAGUAUGUUACUUGUAUUGGCAUUUACAAACAAGUGUAAGGAUGAAUACAAAGUUUUGGUAUUAUUGGGUUGUCGAAUUCAUUUUAAUUUGAAUGGAUGGCCAUGGGAUGUUUCUUGUCUC